CGUGAAAUUUCGCGAUCCAGGAAGAUGUAUUUUGAGUCGGCCACACUCUUCUCCAUUUGGAAACAUGUCUUCAAAAUGGAGCAGGAGGAGUACACGAAAGAAGAAAUAAACUGGAGCUACAUAGAGUUUAUAGAUAAUCAAGAUGUUCUUGACUUGAUUGAGAAGAAACCUGGGGGUAUCAUAGCACUUCUGGAUGAAGCCUGCAUGUUUCCUAGGUCAACGCAUGAAACAUUUGCUCAGAAGUUAUAUCAGACUUUUAAAAAUAACAAGCGUUUCUUAAAGCCAAAACUUUCCCGCACGGAUUUUACAAUAUGUCAUUAUGCUGGGGAGGUAAAAUACCAAGCUGAUCAUUUCUUGGACAAGAACAAAGACUAUGUGGUAGCAGAACACCAAGACUUGUUAAGUCCUUCUAAGUGCCCUUUUGUUGCGGGGUUAUUUCCGCCUCUUCCUGAGGAAACGUCAAAAUCCUCCAAAUUUUCUUCAAUUGGAUCACGUUUUAAGAUCCUUUCAUAUUUUGGAGGGUAAUGCCAUCUAUGUACAAAAUUCACGAAUCAAACACACGAAGGG